CCUAGAAAUUUUUUUUAUAGUUAUUGUAGUUCUAGUUAUCUGAAUAAUAGAUCUAAAGGUGACAACGAUCUGCACUAUGAUCCUUACAUUAAGGAUACUAAAUAUAAUUGUAAUAAUCACAUUAAUAGUUGCAUUGACUCUUAUUUUCGUUCUCACAUCUGUAUUAAUAGUCACUUUUUAAGCGAUAGUAAUAAUUCCAAUGAAAGUUACAUUUAUAAUUUCAUUUGUAGUGAAAGUGGAAGUGGAAAGAUUCGUGAAAGCAAAAAUGACAAGAUAAGAACUAAUAGUAAUCGUAAUAAUUUAAUGAGUUCUAAGGAUUUCGAUAUAACUAAAAACUACAAUCAAUUGUGGAUUCAAUGCGACAAUUGUUAUGGAUUAAUGUAUAAGAAAGUCGAAAUGAAUGUUUGUGAAGAAUGUGGACAUUAUUUGAAAAUGACCAGUUCAGAGAGAAUUGAGCUUUCGAUUGAUCCGGGUACUUGGAAUCCUAUGGAUGAAGACAUGGUCUCUGCGGAUCCCAUUAAAUUUCAUUCGAGGGAGGAACCUUAUAAAAAGCGUAUUGCCUCUGCUCAAAAAAAGACAGGGUUGACUGACGCUAUUCAAACAGGUACAGGUCAAUUAAACGGUAUUCCGGUAGCUCUUGGGGUUAUGGAUUUCAGUUAUGGGGGUGUAGGGGGGAGUGGUAGUGUCGGUAGGAGAAAAACUGUUGUGUCG